AUGUUAGCGAGAGCUGUAUUUGAAGAAUUAAAAAUAGCCUUAUUAUCCAAAUAAUUCAAAAACUCACUAUUAAUAAACACUGAGCUCCUAUAUAACCUUCAGAGCAUAAAUCAUUCCCACAUCCUGAUCUAUUUAUUAUCACCAAUCUUAAUAAAUUUGCUGGCUAAAUUAUCUUUUUUAGGCAGGAAUUAUAAACAAAGUACUUAACAAGCUUUUCUGAAUUGCAUAUUACACAAUUAUUUUUAACUUCAUUGCUGUAAGUACCGAAAAAAUGUAUAUAUUACUAUUACAUUUACUUUGAUUAUUCAUUCAGUAUUAGUUACAAUCCUUAUCUGCAAAUAUUAGUUUGAUGAUAACAACUAAAUCUUGAGUUCUUUAAAGAGAUUAAAACUAAACCAAUAAUUAAAAUUUUUAGGUUCUCAACCAUAAGGCUGA